CCCCUCAGAGACUGAAAUGAAAGAGACGCUUUUCUCGUAACGGCAGUGUGUUUCAAUCCGAUGGUUUCACGUAUAAUUACGUUGUGUCGUCACGUCAGUUAAUUUCGUUGCAAGUAUUAACAUGCCCGUAAUGUAGAAUCGUAUCACGUGGAAGCAAUACAUUAUUGACAGAUGUACAUCUUCAUUUAUGUCAUGUGAUGUGAUACGUGCAAAACACACAUUCACUAUGACGAUGACAACUGACUGCUCUUCUCUGCCGUUUAUAAUGAAAAAAGAACGGAAUGUCUGCAAUGACAGCGACAGUGAUGUUAACUCGGAUAAUAUCGGCGACUUCUCAUCUGUGCCUUUGCCAUCGCUUUCUAAAAACAAUUCCGUCAUUGUCGACGAAUCCAACAAUGACUUCUUACGUCUCACUACGAUGGUCCGAACUGUAUAUUCGUCUUAUCUUCACAAGUGUUUACUUGAUAAUUAUGCAACUUGUUACAAACAAAAUGAUGACGAUGAUGAUGACGAUAACAACGUACAAAGCGUUGAAGUAAAAAAGUGUGCAGACCAAAUGGAACUGUAUGCUGUCCAUUGUGCACUGGAAGCUAGUUUAUACAGACAAAAUAUGCUGAGAUUGAUUGCAGAUGUAAAGUCGCAUACGGUCAAAAAGAAAGCGUAUAAAAAAUUGGUAAUAUUUUUACAAGCACCUACGGACAGAAUCGACAUCGCUAUACAAACAGAUGAGUGGAUGGAUUUGGAAGAAACUAAUAUACAAAAUGUGUCUUUAACUAAGUCCAACAACUGUGAGAAACCCGUGCAAGUAGCCGUACCUACAGCGAAUUCUAGCAGUUCCUGCGAAAAUAGAAAUACCAUGGAAGAUUUUUUGGACGAGACAGAUAUGCAAAUGCUGCAAAGCGUUACGAAAGAAGAAUCCAACGACGCUAGUCAAGGAUCAAAAGAUCAGGGUGACUCUCAUACAAUGGAUAACGCACCUGUCAGAAACGAAGAUGAAACGUCCCAAGAUUCCUUAUUACAACAUAUGCAGGAUAUGUUUUGCGAAAGCGACGACAGUAGUGAUCUCACGAGAUUAAUUGAGAAACAUUCUGGUGUUACUAAAGCAAAUAUUGAUAAGGAAAUUAAUAAGAUAUGUUUAGAAGCGGACAUUAUUGCGAGUUCGAAUCUUUUCGGUGUUCCAGUAGGUACGACGGCUUCGAAGCCUAAUAACGUAGCAAAAGUAACUACUAGUGAAGGAAAAAUUAGCUUUAGUCGCUAUAAAGAAAUGCAAAGUAGAAGAUCCGUUAAACUAAAAGGACGUAACGUAAACGAAACUGUUGAGAGCAAACAAAAACAGAAAGCAAGUGCUAUUUGGUUUGUGGAACGUGUGCAUCAAGUUUCGAAAUUGAAAGCUAAAAUGACCGAGUUAUCGCUGACAAAUUAUCGAAGGCACGGAAGAGUAAAAGAACAAUUUCUUCGUUUAUUUGGGGAAUCCGAGGAUGAAGAAAUGAUGCCAGAUUCACCAAUCUGUAUAGAGGAACAUUUACCUGCUUGCAAAGAAAGAAUAGCACCUUGGAUUGUGAAAUACUUGAUGCCAUUCUAUAAAAAGAGGAGAAUUAAAGACCGUCAGCUUUUCAAAGCUGUUGCAAAGUACAUCACAGAUAUGCUCAUUAUAGAGAAUACAUUUCCAGAACAAGAGUGUGUAAGGAAGUAUAUAGAACAUUACUUCAAGAACAAGAGAUCUAUUAAGACUAAACAGGAUAUAUAUCUGUAAAGGAAAUUUUAGUGACGUUAUCAUUCAUGCAAUAUUACGUAGUAAAAUUUGGAACGUGCACUUUGGCGUAGAGAUCAUUUUCUCCUUCCAUUUUUUCACGUUUUGUUUGCGCAUCACACAAUGGACGUACAUGUAUACUACAAAUGUAAAUACUCCUGACGAAAACAUGUAUUCUGCAAAGAC